GUAAUGGCUAUCUAUUUGGGUCCUGAAGAACAAGGUUUAGCACAGUUAUCGUCGGACUAACGCGGGUCUACUCAAGUUUUGUGUAUGUUAGCGCGUGCGUUUGGUCGUUAGCGACAUUGAGUUACGUUUUUCCGCUAGAUGUCCGUGACUCGCGGUUGCAGAACGGAUUGUACGCUGGCUGAACUUGGUGCCGCGUUUAGGGUUAAAGCAUCCAGCUAGCCACGCUAACGCUAGCUACUACAACCAAUGCUGUGUGUGUGUGUGUGCGUGCGUGUGUAUGUGUGUGUGUGACAACGUCUGGAAGGGCGUACGAGUUUGACGUUUUCUCCCCAAGUCUCCUCACAUUUCUGAGUUUAGCGUAGCGCGGUCGUCUCUGCUUUAAGCUAAUCUUCACUGGCCAACAUGGAGGGGACACACUUUGCAAGAGCAUGAAGAAGACGAACGACGACUAAAGAGGAUUAAAAGCUACUCGGUCUUGAUGGGGAAAAGUUAAGCUGAGGAUUAACAACCUGGGAUAAAGUGAAGAAAGGUUUCGAGUCUUACAGAUUGUGCAAGGGUAUGCUAAAACCCCAGUGAUGGAGUCUACUGUUGUGAGUACGUCCACUCUGGCCCCCGAUGAGUUUGAUAGAAAUGUGCCACGCAUCUGCGGUGUGUGUGGUGACAAAGCCACCGGCUUCCACUUCAACGCCAUGACCUGUGAAGGAUGCAAAGGCUUUUUCAGACGCAGUAUGAAGCGCAAGGCCUCCUUCACAUGUCCGUUUAAUGGCAGUUGCACCAUCACCAAGGACAACAGGCGCCACUGCCAGGCAUGCCGGCUCAAACGCUGUGUGGACAUUGGCAUGAUGAAAGAGUUUAUUCUGACAGACGAGGAAGUGCAGAGGAAGAAGGACCUGAUUCAGCGGAGGAAGGAGGAGGAGGCGCAACGUGAAGCAGAGAAGGAAGCACGGCGGCCGAGACUCACCGACGAACAGAGUCAAGUCAUCACAAUGCUGGUGGAGGCGCACCACAAAACAUAUGACGACUCCUACUCCGACUUCUGUCGUUUCAGGCCCCCAGUGCGCGAGGGCCCAGUGACAAGAAGUGCUAGCAGAGCUGCCUCCCUCCAUUCCCUGUCUGAUGCCUCCUCUGACUCCUUCAGUCACUCUCCAGAGUCAAUGGACACAAAACUGAACCUCAACAACCUGCUGAUGAUGUAUCAGGAACAGGGCAGCAGCCCUGACUCCAGUGAGGAGGAAGGCUCUAGCUUCUCAAUGCUGCCCCACCUGGCUGACCUGGUGUCCUAUAGUAUUCAGAAGGUCAUUGGGUUUGCUAAGAUGAUCCCUGGGUUCAGGGAGCUGACUGCAGAGGACCAGAUUGCUUUACUGAAGUCCAGCGCCAUUGAGGUGAUCAUGCUGCGCUCAAAUCAAAGCUUCAACCUGGAAGACAUGUCCUGGAGCUGCGGUGCGCCUGACUUUAAAUACCAGAUCAGUGAUGUCACCAAAGCGGGUCACACUCUUGAGCUGUUGGAGCCUCUGGUGAAGUUCCAGGUGGGCCUGAAGAAACUUAACCUACAUGAGGAGGAACAUGUACUGCUAAUGGCCAUCUGUUUGCUUUCUCCAGACCGCCCAGGUGUGCAGGAUCACACUCGAAUUGAAGCCCUCCAAGACCGUCUGUCUGAGAUCCUGCAGGCCUAUAUCCAGCUUCACCACCCAGGAGGACGACUGCGGUAUGCCAAGAUGAUCCAGAAGCUGGCCGACUUGCGUAGCCUCAACGAGGAGCACUCCAAACAGUACCGCUUACUGUCCUUCCAGCCAGAGCACAGCAUGCAGCUCACCCCGCUGGUGUUGGAAGUGUUUGGCAGCGAGGUCUCCUAGAAGCCCCCUCCGAAGCUCAGUUGUGGAGAGUUGGAGGCUGGAGACAAGAACCCACUGGGGUAAAAAUGGAGGGAGGGAAGGAGCUGAGAAUGUGCUGGAUGGACUAAAAGCAGGUGUGGAGUAUGGAUCAAGUGAAAGGAAGAAAGCGGGGUGUGUGUGUGUGUGUGUUUAACUGUGUGUGUGUGUGAGUGAGUGAGGCUGGGGGGUGGUCUUCUAGUAUGCAACGUUUGAAAAAGUGUAUCUUGGUGUAAAGGCCAAGGUUAUGUGGAGAGCAAGCAGAUGUUAAAACACAGUAAACAAGGGAAUGUCAUGUACAAAUUAAGCUAUCCAUAGAACAUCUGCCUAUGUAUACAGUGUUUUUGUAUGUAUUUAACUCAACAAACAGCUGCUUUAAAUGCCUGGACAUUUCGUGUGUGCACAUGUUGUGCACACACCAACACAACAAGCAUUCUCAGUUAUUCAUUUAGCCAUUCAGUUCAGCUACCUCUUGGUUUUAGUGGGGUUGUUUUUAUAUUUACAUCAACUAUGUGAAACGGAACAAUUUAGAAACAGUACAGCUUACUUUUCAGUUUACCAGUGCAAAAGCAGUGCCUGCACAUUACGUUGAUUUUUUUUUUAAUCAUUCAGAAAUCAUGUACUUUGUUUUUUUGUUUCUUUUGUUUGUUUUUAUCUGCUUCUCUCCAAGGCAGCAUAUUUAUAUGACUGUGUACAAUUCAAACAUACACCUUUUACCUUUCACCAAAGGUAUAGACAACUUCUUUUUGAAAAAGCUUUCAGCAUCUAAAAAUAACCUUGCUGCUCCAUGGCCUGCUCCACUCAAGCAGCCACACGGCAAGUUGUCUGACUACCCUCACAGCGAAUGAAGGAAAAUAUCAUUAUAUUGAUUUAUACUGCACAAUAUGCAGAAUACAGAGUAUAGUCUGUAAUUUAGUGAGGUUUUGAUAGAAUUGUAGGGUGCCUGGUUUUGAGGUGAGAAUUAGCCACUAAAUGUGUUUGUUACUUUUACACUGCUAAUUAUCAAUCAAACCAAGUCAGCAUUAUGGCUUGUUACUCUCUUUUGAAAUUGUUUUUCAUUCUUCCUUUUUUUUGUUUAAUUGUUUAUUUUCAUGUUAAUAAUUAAUUGCUAUCAUAUGUAUCCUAAGCACUGUUAAACCACCCAUUAGUCAACCCUAUACAGUAUCUAUAUUGUCACAGAUUUUAAAGGGCUAAAAUGCCAAAUCUAACUGGAGUAGUUAAUAGAGGCCACAGCAAGGGGCCUGUCUUCUUGUGAAUAUAUAGCUGCAUACCAUACUAGGACUUGGCAUAGACAUGGAUAUAAUUGCAAUAGGUUUUUUUGUUGUUGUUUCUUUUUGUUUUGUUUUUUUUUUAAAUGCCAUUUCACUUUUAAAGACAAUUCCAUGAAUUGUUCCUCUUUAGUAUACAGUAAGCUCAGUGGGCGGAGAGCUUUGGAAGCUGCUGCAGACCUCCACAGAUAUCACACCCCUUUCGUUUCUGACAGGGAAGUGGAUUUUCUAGAAUGUCAGAGGGCCUGGUUGUGGUGGUGGUGCUGGUGUGCACUUCCACACCCUGGCCCUCCUGUUUGAUGAUGUAUGCUGCGCAGCCCUCUAGUGGCUGCAUUGUGUAAAUACCAGGUAUAUAAAUAACAUACACAUAUAAAUAUAUAUAUAUAAUUAUAUGUCUGCCGCUGUACAUAGGUCUAUAUAGAUCCUAAAGACUUUUUCCCCCAGACAGAUAUAUGCAAAUAUAAUUGACCAUUAUUUGUUUCUAAGCUAUUGUCAAUAUAUUCUGACACAACCUGUUUUUACUUCAGUCAUGUUUUUUGGUGGGGAAGAUUUAGAAAUGGCUUAAGCAGGGGUUGCUCGUGUGUUUGACACAGAUUAUCAUUAGUUUAGUAGUGAGCUGAUGUUAAUUUCCAAGGUUCAUUUUAAAGAAAAAAAGAGGACAAGCCGUUCUCAAAUAUAAGCCAUAUAGAUCACCUAGGUAGUUAAACACCUCUUACAUUACAGUACAUCAAAAUGAUGACUUCAGAGCCUUGGGAAUUUUAAUUUUCUGAUCUACUAAACAUACAUGGUUUUCACCAAGAGUUUGUAUUUGACGUAAACUUGUCUCAUCUGCUGUUAGUCAUCUUUGGCUCAUGCUUCGUCGGACAGCAUCUAAUGGCAUGUACUCCAAACUGCGGCGAGACUUAUAUUGCUUAGGUGUGCAGGAUAGUGUUCUUUGGCUUGCUGCAUGUGGGAUUUGCGUAAAAUUAUACAAGGAAUAAAAUUUCUUUCUCAAAGAAAUGCUAUUCCAUAUACUGCCAACUUCUGACAGUUUCACUAGAGGCAACUUAAAGGAAAUCAUUUGAGGGUGGUUUUUUUUGUCUUCUAUAAGCUUUUUUUACAGAGGACACUGGUUAAAAUGGUCCCUGCAACUAACCGUGUGGUCCCUUCAUGUUGGAUGUAGCCUUCAUCUCAGUAGACGGAGGUAACUAUGUGAGGAAGAUGGUGAGAGAAAAGAGCAUGUUUGUUAUUGAGAUGUCUGCACACAACUUUAGCAUGCGACAAGUUCUUAGAUUUUGCUUUGAUCAGUCCAGCCCACAUGGAAAAAACCUGCCAUAAUGGAGAGCGACUCUACUUCACUGUGGCUUUAUUCUAACUUUUUUCAGUCACUGUGAUUCUUCACAACGUGGCAGAAGGAGCGUGAUGCUCAGAUAAUCUGCAUAGCACAAAUAGACAACCAGUCUUUUUUUUAUUUUGUUUGUUUUUUUUAAUGUUCCCAUAUUAAAAAAAAUAUAUAUAUAUAUAUUCAUUUUGUUCUGGAAAUAUUUGGAAUUAUACAUUUAAUUUGACGUGUCCCACGGAUAACCCUGCUCUGAUCAAGCUUUAAGGAGUCGAUGCUUGCGUGUCUUUAGGCAGUACCACUCGUAUGUAUAGUAUGUCAGUUUGAUGGGGGGUAUGAUGUGCUUGGUUACUGAACACUGAUUUUUUUUUUUUUUUUUUUUUUUUUUUUUUAAAGGAUUUUUUCCCCCCUUUAUCUCAAAUACAUGCUGUUGUAUGUAGAUUUAGGUUUACUUACUUUUUUUUUUUUUUUUUUUUUUUUUUUUGCAGUGUUGAUUUGUGUAUGUUUGAUACAGUGGGGAUGAUUGGGGAAUAUGUAAGUGCCACAGGGAGAGUUCCCUCAACACAAGAACAGGGUAAAUGAGGAGUUUGGGAUUUUAUAACCAAACAGGAAAGCUCUCAAGGAUGUAUUAUAGCCACUAAUUAAACAUGUAGAUUGUGGUCAGCACUACAUGGCAUCAUGAGAUUUAGGAGAGACACUGUUGACACUAAAUAUCUGAUUAGAUAUGAUUUAAUGUUUAAUUUGUUUUGUUCCCUCCUUCCCAUCCCACCACCAACACCACAAAUUUCCCAUCCAAAAUCAUGUUCACAACAUGCAAAUCUAGUAAAUGUGAGUAUGGUGCAUCAUCAGAGUUUCCUGUUUGGUUUUUUAUCAUGGUAGGCUGCUCAGAAUCUGUAAGGAUUCUCAUAGGAACACCAAUUUAACACAGUAACAAUGCCUGCAAUAUACAACUCACGGUACUCUUAUCACCAGCAAGCUUUACAGUUUCUCAUGUUCUUAAGACAUUUUUGAAGUUUUUUGUAUAACUGUUGCCAUUACAAAACCUGUCUGAUAAAAAACAAAACAUGCCACGUAUGUUUUUCACACAAAACUGUUAGCCAACUUCCAUGCGAACGUUUUCAAGUCUUUACUCUUUUUUUUUUUUUUUUUUUCUGGACAGGCAUUGUAAUGGAAUCAACUUAAUGUAGUUCUUACAAAAAGAAACGUCCACAAUGGAUGUACACCAUAAUCUACCUAAAAUACCUACCUCUUUUGGCUCAGAUUUUGCUUUAGCAUGAAGCAUUUGCCUCUGUUUUUACUUUUAUAUUUGUAUUCAUGUUGGUAUUUAUUGCUGUCUAAUGAGUCAUACUUCAAUGAUUACCUCAGAGAUAUCUCACAGGUUUGGGAGAGUCCAGCUAAUGAAGUCAUUCAUAGUUCGUUUUUUGUACAUUUUUUUUCCUCAGACUUAGCAAUGCCUUUUUCUUUUCUUUUUUUUUUUUUUUUUUUCUUUUGUCUCUCUCUUUGUUUUUUUUAACGCACAAAAUACCAGGAGUGUUUUUGAUAUAGUGCCUGCAUUCUGAUUAUCUGGGCUCUGGCUAGGAUUAGGCUCCAAAAGCCGCAUCAUUUUCUGCAUCUUUGUUCUUCACUCUGUUCUUUUAAUCAUGUAGUUUUUAGCAGCAGAUACAGUCUAUCUUGCUUCCUUGUUGCCAAUAUCUGCAGUAUCUUCAUAAUUUUUUAAGGGCAAACUAAAGCCCUUAAAUGCAGCUUUAAGUCAGCAACAACCUGAGAGACUUUGUAGCAGAAGGAGAAGUGAGAUGUGUCUUUGUGCUCCUCUUGAUACCUGUUAUCUUGGCCUGUGCUCUGAAGCACUUCAUGCUUACUUUGUCCUGAUUUUUUAUUUUUUUUUCUCCUCAAACAUUUUCUCCAUGCUCUAUUUUUGUCUUCCUCUCUCCUUCUCUUAUAAAGUCUCUUCCCACACCUUCAUCAUUCCCUGCCAAUCUUUGGUCAAACAGGGGAAUUAAAAGGCGUGAAAUCCUCAGUAUCCAUGCAAUGCUGCUUUUAUCUCAAGCACCAUUAAAUUGUGUGUAAUUGACACUAUAUUACAUGGGCAUCGUCCAAAGUGUCGGUCCCCAGGGGAGCGACAGGCCACAUUGGAAGAUUAUGCAACUUAGUGAUGCUUAUUAGAGGAAAAAUAUUCCAUUCAGAUCCUUAUAUCAUAUUAACAGAACAACGACUCAGUUUGGUGAACUCCAAAUCAAGUUUUCUGUCUUUAUGUCAAACUGCUUGAGGGGAACACUGAAUGAAAUUGGAGCGAUUAAUGAGUUAAAAACUGAGGAGCAGUGUUGCCCUGGUCACAUUUACCCUGAGCUGUGUGCCAUAACAUGACCCUUUUAAUGCAGGGGAGGGUGUAAACAAAGCUGGCUUCAGGUGUUCCUCAGACAAAUAUGAAUGGCAAGGUCGUGUGAGAUUAGCUUUGUACUUAGUGUGUCUUUUUUUUUUUUUUUUUUUUUUUUUUUUUUUUAAAGAAGUAAAUUAGAAUUUGGCAAUGGAUUCUUACCUUGCAUUUUCAACCUAAAUUAUACCACAGUCAAUUUAAAUGCCUGAACCAACAAAAGGCUUAAUAUAAUGUUAGUAAUACAUGUAUACUGAUCAAGCUACUAGCCAUAAACUGCCUCUGUAGGUCAGCAUUAUAUGGCUCCAUUUAUCAAGACAUGUAAAAGUCACCUAAAAUCUAAUGUAAUUGCAAUUUAUCUUUUGUCUAAUUUUUUCUUCUUUUUUUUCUAUUAUAAUUUACAUUUAAUGUAAUAUUUUUGUUGGAUGUUUUGCAAAUCAAAAAUAAACUGUUGUACAUAGCA